CCCAGCUAAAAAAGUUGUGACCUAUACUUUUGAAAACCCGAGGCAUUGCAUCCGUGGACACAACAUUUGAGCUGCUGGCAGUCUUUAGAAUUAUAAUGGACAUAGUGUUAAACGUAUUUGAUGAUGCUUUCUUUGAUAAACUUUAUUUCGGCCUUUUAGAACGCGGAGAUGGUCUUCGUCAGUUACUUUCUCUUUACUUUAUAGUGACAAUUGGAGGUGCUAUCCUGUACUUAAUUCUCGCCACUCUGAGCUAUCAUUUGAUAUUUGAUAAAAGUUUAAUGAAGCACAAAAGAUUUAUUAAAAGUCAGAGAUUCCUUGAAAUCGUUACUUCGCUAAUUAAUAUUCCGAAAAUGGCCAUUCCAACGGCGUUAAUCUUCUGGUUGCAAGUACGCGGUUAUGGAAAACUUUAUGAUAACAUAUCAGAGUACGGUUAUCUCUACUGGAUUUUGAGCAUUUUUUUGUUUAUCUUGUGGUCGGACAUGGCCAUCUACUGGAUCCAUCGCUGGCUUCAUCAUCCUAUUUUUUAUUCUCGUUUUCAUAAGCCUCAUCACAAGUGGUUAGUCCCUACGCCCUUCGCUUCGCACGCAUUUCACUGGCUCGAUGGAUUCUCGCAAAGCUCACCCUACCAUAUGUUUAUUUUCAUGCUUCCCUUGCACAAGUGGACCUAUCUUGUUUUGUUUGUUUUCGUGAACAUUUGGUCCGUGUCUAUUCAUGACGGUUUAGAUUUAGUUCCAAAUUGUUUUCAGAAUAUUUUAAACGGUUCCGCCCAUCAUACUGAUCAUCAUCUACAUUUUAAUUAUAAUUACGGUCAAUUUUUUACUCUUUGGGAUUUCGUUGGUAAAAGCCAUAGGGAUCCCCACGUUGGUGAGUUAAGCAUUAUGGAGAAGGAUCUUAUUAGAACUGAAAUUCCAGAGGAGGAAUCAGAAUUACUGCAGCAUCUCAAUAAAAACGACUAA